UUCAGCACAUGGUCACUCUGAUGACUUGAAAAAAACACAGUGACCGGACUUAAGCUUGUCAUAUUAGUUUCACCCAUAAAUUAACUUAAAAUAGACACCAUGAGCUGUCCAGGAUUUGGGGAACUGAACAUACCGUCGUCCCGCGCCUUCUGGGACGACUGCGACGAGGAUGAGUUGGAGAACCUGAAGCCGGUCGAGAAGCUGCAGCUCAAAUUCGAUGGCGAGCCGGCUGGCGAGGUAGCCCCCGUGGAGAGCGAGCUCCUGGUGGUCAUCGAGGGCGUCAACGUCACCCACUUUGCCACCUCGCUGCUGGCAAAGGAUUCGAAACGCCUUUGCGGCAUUCCCGCCAAGACCUCGUCCCUGCACUGGAGUCCUUCGUCCAAACAGCUGCUGGCCAUCCUGGAGGAGGACCUGACCAGCAGUGGCGAGAUUACGGAGCUUCUACUACCCUACGCAAAGCUGGCCAAGAAAGUGGUCACCCUGACGCUGAAGCCUAAGGUCGAAUUCAAGAGCGAGGACAUCCAGCUUUACCGGGAUCACAUAGCCAUUGUGCGUGGCGUGGGAGUCGACCAGAAGGAUAUCACCGAACUAGAGGCUCCCAACUUUAUUGCCGGAGUGGCGGCGGGAGUUGCCAGUUGGCGGGACCAGGAGGAGUUGCCAGUGAGCUCCUUCGUCAUCUACACAGACAAGCUGCCCCUGGACGCUACGGCUGCCCAGCCAGUGAUAAAGCUCCUUCAGAGCGUAGGCGUGCAGUCCUGCAGCCCCAAUUACGUCCCACCGCGCAAGGAGAACUCCUAUCUGUACAUGUAAAACUACUUUCGGCUGUGUUCUUCCUAGUUUUAAUGUUUGUAAAAAUGUUGCGGUUGCGGAAUAAAAAACGAAUUACUUUAGUACUUCAAA